AUGAUUAAUAAUAAUAUUCUCUAUCUUUGUCUUAUUUUGAUUGUUUCUGGUACUUUUGCUUUCAAGAUCGCUCCUGAUCAACAAUGUGUUGUAAAACCAGAACACUAAUAGAAAGGUUUUGGUUGCUUACCUCAAUACUCUCACACUGAGCUGGGUCAUGCUUACUAAAAAAAUUUCAACUCAAGCGUUGCUAAUAACACUGAUUUCUAGUCUUUAGAUUAAUUUGCUUUGACAUAUUUUACUGAGGAUAAAUGUACUUACUAUUAAGAUUUAUAAGUAAAUGUGAUUUAUAACGAUUCUUAUGUUAAAUAAGUUAUGUAUGAAAACUUCACUAGUGCUUUUUAAAAUAAAACAGUUAACAUUGUAAAAUACUCUCCAUAUCCCGAUGGUAAUUAACCUGAUUACUUAUUUUACUCUUAAUACUUUGAUUGCAAAAGUAGCAAAAUUAUUCUUCCUAAAUUAUUUGAGGAGAAAGGAGAAUCUUACAAUGUGUGUCUUUUCAACGAAGUUAAAUACUUAAAUAACUCAAUUGAUUGCAAUUUAGCUCACCUUUUUCACUACAGCUCUGAGUAGUUGUUUGGUUUCUUCAACACAUCAUCAUUUUAGGAUUUCAUUUAUGACCACGCUGUACAUGUUAUUAGCAAUUUGAAAGAAGUUGAUGCUGACUUUUCUCCUUUUGGAUCCAAAUAAUGGUAUUUCACUUUCAACUUUAUGCUUUAAAUGACAUUAGAUGUCAAGGAAUAUGAAUCUUUAAAUCAAACUCUCAAAUUCUUUAACACAGCAGUUCCUAAAGCUUAACUAAAUAGAUAAAUUAGACCUUGGUUUGUUGGAAUAGCUUCAUACUCUCCUUACGAACUUGACUUAAAUGGUGGAAUUAUUUUAAAUGAAGCCUUAUAUGGAUCUUUAUAUGAUAACAUAAAAAGCAAUCAAUUUGAUAUUCUUAUUAGCUCUCAUCCCGAUCUUUAAUAGGCUAAGGUAUUUAUCAGCAAAGAUUAUAGAAACUUCUCCUAAGUCAAUGACACUAAUUCAUUAACUGCAUUAAGCCAAUUUGAAGCUUUUGUUUUGAUUUACAUUCCAUCAUAAUUAGAAACUCCUGCUAUCCUCAAUACUUCCUUCGAUUCCUUAAGAAUUAAUUUAGAAGGCAAAGAAAUAAUUAACAUUUCAGCUGCUAAACAAUAAACUGGGAUUUAGAAAGAUAUCUAUUGA